AUGGCCUCUUGUGAUGAUAAUAAUCGUCUUCAGAGUCCCUUUGGACUGGGCGGACCGCCGGACCGUCGAAAAGGACUUAUUCCUUUGAGCGUGAUUCGACGUCCAGCUACUAAACAACCGAGGCAAGGUUACAUGUUCUACAAUCCAGGGACGCAAGCUCUGGCACAGGAGUUCAACAUUCACGCCAUGCUCAACCAAUUGGGGCCUUCAUGGAAUUUGAUUAGCUGGGAUCCUCGAGGAGUACUCAAAUCAGGGCCAAAUGUUACCUUGUUCUCUACUGAUCGCGAGUACGCUGAUUUUUGGGAGCAAUUCCAAGGACCAAAUCAACUCGAAGCAUCUGGCAACCUUACAACUCCAUCGGAUGUAGCUUUCUUUGUAGGUACUUGUGCAGUCACAAGAGAUCUUGUCGCUCUCGUAGAUGCAAUCUAUGGGACUGGAGCGGAUGACGGUCAUUGCUACAUACCUAACACAAAUGUUUCCCAACCGGCUGUGGUGGAACCAUAUUUGUAUUCCAAUAAGGUUCCCAUAGAUGGGCUGGAAACGGAUAAAGAGUCUUCGGAGCGAGCAUUCAUCAAAUGGACAGAGGUCUGCGCUGCUAAUCCUGACAAGUGUCCUCUCGCGGCCAGGGGAAACAACACGGCAGAGGGAGUUCACAAGGUAGUAGAAAAUGCCUUAGAUGUGGCGUAUCGAAACUAUGAUGGUACAAAGUGGAACCCUGUACUGGAUUUUAGCGACACAACGAUCAGCUCGAACCCAAGGAGAUGGACAUUUAACACUAUCGCUUCCCAGCUCUAUAGCGGUUUAUACGAGCCAAUGUUUGGUAGUCAAAUCAGCGCGGCUAUCGAAGGGAUCAUCAACGAGCAAUCAAACAUCAACAGUACUACCGCUCCCUCGCUCAAACGCGGUACCCAGUCCAUAGCUCCUCCCAGUAGAAUGCUCCCCUAUUCCCCUCUUUCCCCUUUUGCAAACAUUUACCCCGAUUAUGUACGGAACAUGGUCAUAUUCGCCAUUUUCUGCGGAGAUUCGAUUGAUCAUCAUGGAAGGACGACAAAGGAGGUAUUCCAAAAAAUUGUCAAGGCUUCUCAAACCGUGUCUCGCACGUUUACACCCAUUUCCGUCGAGAAUAGUCCUCGCACAAUGUGUCAUAAAUGGACGUCGAGGGACGGUCGAAAGGAUCCGAUCACGCCUUAUAGUAGUGCGAGAACGCUUGCCUCUUCGAAGCAUCUCGGAAACAAGGCAAGGCUCGUAAAAUAUCAUACCCUUGGACACGGUAGCGUUUCGGCUUGUAUGGACGAUGCUAUAAGGAAGUAUCUCAAUGGGACCCCUCCGCGCGAUGCUGGACACGAUGAGGCAGAUGUCGAAUGUCGGCCGGAGA